AAGAAGAUCACAGUGAUUGGUAGAGUCGCUUUUGUUGUUUGCCCCUUGGUUCCAUCGACGAGUCCGUCACUUUCACUCUAUAAAAAAAUAUCUCCUCUCCAUCAAUCUCUCUCUCUCAUCACUCCCAACCAAUCCACUCUCUCUACCCUCUCUUCUCCAAUGGAAUCCGCCGCUCUCUCCCGAAUCGGCCUCGCCGGACUCGCCGUAAUGGGCCAGAACCUCGCCCUAAACAUCGCCGAGAAAGGCUUCCCAAUCUCCGUCUACAACCGCACCACAUCCAAAGUCGACGAAACUCUAGACCGCGCCGCCGUCGAAGGAAACCUCCCCGUCUCCGGCCAAUACACCCCGCGAGACUUCGUCCUCUCCCUCCAACGCCCCCGCUCCCUCAUCAUCCUCGUCAAAGCCGGAUCCCCCGUCGACCAGACCAUCGCCGCCUUCUCCGAGUACAUGGAGCCCGGGGACUGCAUCAUCGACGGCGGCAACGAGUGGUACCAGAACACGGAGCGACGGAUCUCCGAGGCCGAGGAGAAAGGAUUGCUUUAUUUAGGUAUGGGAGUCUCUGGAGGCGAGGAAGGUGCUCGUAACGGCCCUUCGCUUAUGCCUGGUGGAUCUUUAAAAGCGUAUGAAAAUAUUAAAGAUAUUUUGGGGAAAGUUGCUGCGCAAGUUGAGGAUGGACCUUGUGUUACUUAUAUAGGUGAAGGCGGAUCUGGGAACUUUGUUAAGAUGGUUCAUAAUGGGAUUGAGUAUGGAGAUAUGCAGUUGAUAUCUGAGGCUUAUGAUGUGUUGAAGAAUGUUGGAGGUUUGAGCAAUGAUGAGCUUGCCGAGAUUUUUGCUGAGUGGAAUAAAGGUGAGUUGGAGAGUUUCUUGGUGGAGAUUACUUCGGAUAUUUUUAGGGUUAAGGAUGAGUUUGGUGAUGGUGAGUUGGUUGAUAAGAUUUUAGAUAAGACUGGUAUGAAAGGUACUGGGAAAUGGACUGUUCAGCAGGCAGCGGAGCUCUCAGUGGCUGCGCCGACGAUCGCUGCUUCGUUGGAUUGUAGGUAUCUGAGUGGUUUGAAAGAUGAGAGGGAGAAUGCUGCUAGAGUGUUGGAGGAGGCUGGGUUGAAGGAAGAGAUUGGUUCUGCGUCUAGCGGGGUUGAUAAGAAGAGGUUGGUUGAUGAUGUUAGGCAAGCUCUUUAUGCUUCGAAGAUAUGUAGUUAUGCUCAGGGGAUGAAUCUGCUUAGAGCUAAGAGUGUGGAGAAGAGCUGGGGGUUGAAUUUUGGUGAGUUGGCUAGGAUUUGGAAAGGUGGGUGUAUUAUAAGAGCAGUGUUUUUGGAUAGGAUCAAGAAGGCUUACCAGAGGAACCCGGAUUUGGCGAGCCUUGUGGUUGAUCCUGAGUUUGCUAAGGAGAUGGUUCAGAGACAAGCUGCUUGGAGGAGAGUGGUGGGUUUGGCUGUUUCUGCUGGGAUUAGCACCCCUGGGAUGUGUGCGAGUCUUGCGUAUUUUGAUACGUAUAGGCGUGCCAGAUUACCUGCGAAUCUGGUGCAGGCGCAGAGAGAUCUCUUUGGAGCUCAUACUUACGAGAGGAUUGACCGUUCUGGUGCGUACCACACGGAGUGGACUAAGCUUGCUAGGAAGAGCAAUUGA